GCAGCGCCCCCUCCUCUGUCGUCUCUCUCGCGGUCUUCUCCUCUCCCCCCAUGGCCUCCGCCGAAAUCCCCAACGCCGACACCGCGGAACCCAACCCCAGCCCCAACCCCGCCGCCCGUUCGCCGUCGCCUCCGCUCCCGCCGCGCAAGCGCCGCCUCUCCCUCUCCCCUUCACGGUCCGCCUCCCCCAGGCGCUCCGUGUCUCGCUCCCGCUCCCCCCGCGACCGCCGCAGCCGCAGCCGCAGCCGGAGCCGCAGCCGCAGCCGCAGCCGCAGCCGUAGCCGCAGUCGCAGUCGGAGCCGUAGUCCGCGCCAGCCCGAAGGCAAGCGGCGGCGGCAGAACGACCUCACCGUCGAGGCGUGCCGCGACUACCUGCGCGACAGGUGCACCCGCUCCGACCUCGAGUGCAAGUAUGCGCACCCGCACCAAUCCGUUUCCGUCGACCGGGACUCCAAGGUGACGGCAUGCGCGGAUUCGCUGAGGAACAACUGCUUCCGGGGCAGAACCUGCCGCUACUACCACCCGCCUCCUCACAUACAGGAGUCGUUGCUGAGAUCAAUUGGUUUGGACGUCCCACAGGUGAAGACGGUUUGCAGAGAUUUCGCACGUGGGCGAUGUUCAAGAUCAGCAAAUGAGUGCCGCUUCUUGCACCAUUCAUCUGUUCAAGAGUGUGCAAUUGUUUGCCAAGAUUUCUUGCGUGGGAGGUGUGAGCGUAUAUCAUGUAGGUACACUCAUGUCAUAGCACAACCAAUGCUACCCCCACCAAUGAGGGAUGUUCCCAUGCAAAUGCCAUAUCCUGAGAUGGUUUACAUGCCACCACCACCACCACCACUGGGAGUACCUAUGAUGGCUCCUCCUCUCUCACCUCCUAGAGGUUUUGCUGAUAACAAGAACACAGUGGAAGUUUGCAGGGACUACUUGAAGAAAAUGUGCAAUAGAGAAUCAUGUAGAUUUGCACACCCUGAUUCACAAACUGAGUCUUGCGUGCCUCACUCUGCUGCUGCUUCUGCUGCUGCUAAUCCUGCUACUGCUGCGAAAGAGCUGCCGCGCUGGCUGUUGUGCUGCUGCUAAGGUGCCAUAGAGUAUUGAGACCCUCACAAAGUGCCAUGUCCCUGGAAGAAAAACAAACUUGUUACUAUCGUGUGAUGUUCAGAUGGUUUGCUUGAACUUGACUCAGCUUUGGAUAGCCUUCUUCACAAUGGACUCUGCAUGUGUGGUUGUGUAUUUGCGUUCAUAAAGAUGUUUUUAGACUUUUAGCUGCGAGUUGCUUUGGAGUUUUGCAUAAUUGAAUCUUGUUUACCAUCAGUUGUAACCCUUCACACUUGGUUGGUUCA